UUCAAUCCAUUGAAAGAGAGAGGAAACAGGGGAGGGGACAGUGCUUCUCAGUAAACCUAAUUGAUCGCAUUUGCAAUUCAUGGCUUCAUUUGCUGCAAAUUCAUCUCUCUUCUCUCCAAAUUCGCUCCGCAGUCAAGUACAGUCUUCACCCUUCCGCUGCCGCUGCAUUUCCUUUAACAACAACGAUAAACAAAUCAAUCUACACAAAGGUUUGGGAUUAUGGGGUGUGAAAGCUGGAAACGGAGAAUCAUUCUCUCAGACUUCAGCUGUUCGACAUUUGACCGGCUCGCUUACCUCAGCCGAGGGGCUCCGUUUUGCUAUCGUGGUGGCGCGCUUCAAUGAGAUCGUCACCAGGCCACUUUUGGAGGGAGCAUUGGAUACUUUCAAGAGAUACUCGGUUAAAGAGGAAGAUAUUGAUGUUGUAUGGGUUCCUGGUAGCUUUGAAAUCGGCCUAGUUGCUGAGAAGCUCGGAAAAUCAAGAAAGUAUCAAGCCGUCUUGUGUAUUGGGGCUGUGAUUAGAGGUGAUACGUCCCACUAUGAUGCUGUUGCAAAUUCUGCUGCUUCUGGAGUAUUGUCUGCUGGUCUAAGUUCAGGUGUCCCUUGCAUAUUUGGGGUUUUGACGUGCGAUGACAUGGACCAGGCUCUAAAUCGAGCUGGUGGUAAGGCGGGAAACAAGGGCUCUGAAACGGCAUUGACAGCUAUUGAGAUGGCAUCUCUAUUUGAGCAUCAUCUGAAGUGCUGAGGGGGCUUUCCUGGUUGCACCAAGGCUUUGUUGUGUUGUACCAUUCAACUUUCAGGCUUCUGUUACAAGAGUUUUUUUGUUUCUUUGAAAAAUCAGAACCUAAAAUAAUAAAAUGUCUCACCCUACUUUUAAA